CCUGCUUACUUACUUGCGAGCAUAAGUAGUGAAGUCAGUCUCCCGUCUUAUAUAGUAUCGUGACCAUUAUUAGUGACUAUCAGGAGUUCUCUCUUUCUUGCCACAAUGGAUCCUCAUGCUGUACCGCCCUAUGACGGAGACGAGGCUCCUCCGGCUUACUCUUCAGGGGCAUCAACUGAAUACAGUAGACCGCGAACUUCAGACCUUGCACUCUCCCCCUCCCAAACCAGUGUAUCCAGCUUGAACGCAGACCUCCAAGUCCCAUCUCGCUCCAGCCGCGUCACCUCUGGCUUCGAAUACCCCCCGAUCCUCUCCCGGUACGAUAUCUCCGAGUACCACUGGAAACAAUUCUCCGCCGAAAUCACAAACGGAGCAAAGCUGACGGGCCUCCAAUGGACCUCGACGGUGGGCAAGGGACUGGGCGUCCUCGCCCUCGGGGGUUUUGUGAUUGGAUUCUUCAGCACCGUUCCCGCCGCGAUUACGAUCCAUAACCUGCGUAAGGAUCAGGAGAGGCAGAACCUCUCUGCCGCCACCACCAUGGGUCUCCUCCAGAAGAUCGAGGAAUGGAAUGGUCUCUUCUUCAAACCCCGGGGAGUGGUGGUCCGGCUGGAAAUGCCGCAGAAGGGGUCCUCUCGCAGACGAAAAGAGGGCGAGGGACAGGGACAGACACAUCAGGAUGGAAGGAGGGGGAACAAGGAAUCCGAAAGGGCUCGAAUCGUGGUAGCUCCUUUACCGGCAUCUGGGAGUCUCGAGAGUCAAGAUGAGUGGGUUGGUGAUCGGAAGCUUCGUGAUAUCUAAAGUCCUUUAGUAGUAAUGAUUCAAUGGAUAAUGAUGGGAAAGACAAGUCUCUGUGACAAAAUGUAGCACAAGUCCUGAAUUAGAUUGAUAAAUUCCAUAUAUCUUUGUAUUUCCACUCGUCCCUGUCACAUGAUGGGCAAGUCACGCUCC